UAUUUACAGCACCUGCUCUGUGCCAUAGUGAUGUAAUUCAUGCAUGGGAGUGAUGUCAUCGUGGCCUGGCUGAAGAGAUACAACUUGGAAGGAAGACUGGGCAAACAUGUAAGUGCCCGGCAUCAGUGCCAGCACAGCGCUGGAGGACUCUGUUUGACAGGAUAUUUUGAACCAUUUAUAGAAUCCGGAGAACAUAGCAGAAUAAAGAUGUGGGCAGUGCUGAAGCUUUUGCAUGGGAAGUUGUCUGGUUCCCAUUCUGUGUACACAGAGUGUAUAUGGUGCUGCAAAAGACAACUCAUCCUUCAUGGACGAGGAAGAACUCUCGGUGUCAGAAACUACAGCAUGCCAACAGGUGACAUCAAGUCUUUACGGAGCAUCAUCAGUCCUCCAACAUCCAAAAUCCGAAACAUUGGAAUUAUGGCUCAUAUUGAUGCCGGAAAAACCACAACCACUGAGAGAAUGUUGUAUUAUUCCGGAUACAUCCGGGCACUGGGAGAUGUUGAUGAUGGCGAUACGGUGACAGACUAUAUGGCACAGGAGAGAGAGCGUGGGAUCACAAUUCAAUCGGCGGCUGUCACAUUUGAGUGGAAUGAACACAGGAUCAAUUUAAUUGACACUCCAGGCCAUGUGGAUUUCACUGUAGAGGUGGAACGUUCACUGAGGGUGCUGGACGGAGCUGUUGCUGUGUUUGAUGCUUCAGCAGGUGUAGAGGCUCAAACCCUGACCGUGUGGCGACAAGCAGACAAACAUUCUGUACCAAGAAUAUGUUUUUUGAACAAGAUGGACAAAUCUGAUGCCAGUUUUUCAUAUUCUGUUGAAAGCAUCAAAGAAAAGUUGAAAGCCAACCCUUUACUCUUACAGCUUCCUAUAGGGGAGGGCAAAUCAUUUCAAGGUCUGGUGGAUUUAUUGAGUAUGCAGUCAAUGUCCUGGAGCACGCGAUCCAGUGAGGAUGGUGGAAGAAUAUUUGAGCGGAAACCUCUGAAAGACAUAAAGGACCAGGAUCUGAAAAACUCUGCCAUCGAAGCAAGAAAUGCCUUACUAGAACAAAUUGCUGAUCUGGACGAUGAGUUUGCUUCACUAAUGCUGGAAGAGUACAGUGGGGAUUUUAAUCUUAUUCCUCUGGAAAAGUUACAGUCUGCAGUACGGAGGAUCACUCUCGCUCGCUCUGCGGUUCCUUGCUUUGUGCUUUGUGGAAGCUCCUUAAAAAAUAAAGGAGUUCAACCUCUUCUGGAUGCAAUCACUUUAUAUUUACCAUCUCCAGAUGACUGCUCUCAUGACUUCAUGUCGUGGUACAAGGAUGACCUGUGUGCUCUGGCAUUCAAGGUUGUACAUGACAAGCAGCGUGGACCCUUGGUCUUUGUCCGGAUAUACUCGGGAACGAUGAAGUCUCAAUCUGCAAUAUACAAUGUCAACAAAAACUGCAUGGAAAGGAUGAGCCGUUUGCUGCUGCCAUUUGCUGAUCAGCAAGUUGAAAUCUCUUCCUUGUCUGCUGGCAAUAUUGCUUUAACUGUUGGACUAAAACAGACUGCAACUGGAGACACCAUUGUGUCAUCUAAAUCAGCAGCAGCCGCAGCCUCCCGCAGGGCCCGUGGAGCAGAAGAGAAGAAGGAAAAGUCGGAGGAGGACCUGGUUUUGGCUGGGGUGGAGAUUCCUGAACCAGUCUUCUUUUGUACUAUUGAACCCUCAUCUGUGGCUAAACAGACAGAUUUGGAAAAUGCUCUGAAGUGUCUCCAGCUGGAGGAUCCAAGCUUGAAGGUCAAGAUCGAUCCUGACUCUGGACAAAUGAUUCUCUGUGGGAUGGGAGAACUGCACAUUGAGAUCAUUCAUGAUCGUAUCCGGAGGGAGUAUGGCCUGGAGACCUAUUUAGGACCUCUUCAGAUUGCAUACAGAGAAACUAUAUUGAGUGCUUCCCAAGCAUCAGAAACCCUGGAUAGAACCAUAAAUGAUAAUCGGCACCAGGUGACAGCUGAGGUUGAAGUUGCCCCCUUGACCGAUGGUGGCCCAGUUAUUAAAUACUCUGAUGGCAUUCGUCAGAGUUUAUUAAACGACCAUAAGGAGGCAAUAGCAAACGGUAUUCAUAGUGCUUAUUUAACAGGUCCUCUACUUGGUUCACCCUUGCUGGAUGUUGGGGUCACAGUGCACUCAAUAAAUAUAUUAGCUGGCACCUCUGCGACAAUGGUGUCUGCCUGCGUUUCACGCUGCAUACAGAAGGCCUUGAAGAAAGCAGAUAAACAGAUUCUGGAACCACUGAUGAGAGUGGAGAUCAUCAUGGGUGAGGAGUACCUGGGCAGUGUACUGGGGGAUCUGGCAAAGAGGAGAGGCAAUGUUCAGGAGAUCCAGAGCCGCUUCGAUAAUAAAGUCAUACUAGCGUUUGUUCCACUUGCAGAACUCAUGGGUUAUUCUACUGACCUGCGCACAUUAACAUCAGGGAGUGCCACAUUUACUCUUGAGCUGGCGAACUAUGAAGGAAUGGAUCCUCAUGACCAGAAUACCUUGCUAAAGAAGAAAGAAAUUCUGUAAGCUUUGCUGGGAACCAAGAAAACCAACUUUCUUGUUCAUGUCUGCAAAAUGAAUUCUCAAUUAAUGCUGUAAGAAAAAAAAAAAAAAAAUCAAGCCCAACUUAAAAUAAAAUAUU